GAAGCAGUUCAGAGGGGAUUUGAAUCCACUGACCCAGGAUGAAUUCCACUCACCACCAUAGAGUGCACACGUCUCUCCACUUCCGGAACCUCAGCACCUACAGACUGCACAGCAACGCCAGCGAGCCCCCCGGAAAAGGCUACUCCGACGGAGGGUGCUACGAGCAACUUUUCGUCUCUCCUGAGGUGUUUGUGACUCUGGGUGUCAUCAGCUUGCUGGAGAAUAUCCUGGUGAUUGUGGCAAUAGCCAAGAACAAGAACCUGCAUUCCCCCAUGUACUUUUUCAUCUGCAGCCUGGCUGUGGCUGAUAUGCUGGUGAGCGUCUCGAACGGAUCGGAAACUAUUGUCAUCACCCUGCUGAACAGCACUGACACGGAUGCGCAGAGUUUCACCGUGAACAUUGACAAUGUCAUUGACUCAGUCAUUUGUAGCUCCUUGCUCGCGUCCAUUUGCAGCCUGCUUGCCAUCGCAGUGGACAGGUACUUUACUAUCUUUUAUGCUCUCCAGUACCAUAACAUUAUGACCGUUAGGCGGGUUGGGAUCAUCCUGAGCUGUAUCUGGGCAGCUUGCACGGUGGCGGGCAUUCUGUUCAUCAUUUACUCAGACAGCAGCGUGGUCAUCAUCUGCCUCAUCAGCGUGUUCCUCACCAUGCUGGCUCUCAUGGCCUCCCUCUAUGUCCACAUGUUCCUCAUGGCCAGGCUUCACAUGAAGAGGAUCGCCGUCCUCCCGGGCACGGGCACCAUCCGCCAAGGUGCCAACAUGAAGGGGGCGAUCACCUUGACCAUACUGAUCGGGGUCUUUGUGGUCUGCUGGGCGCCAUUCUUCCUGCACUUGAUAUUCUACAUCUCUUGUCCCCAGAAUCCAUACUGUGUGUGCUUCAUGUCUCACUUUAACUUAUAUCUCAUACUGAUCAUGUGUAACUCCAUCAUUGACCCUCUCAUUUAUGCACUCCGGAGCCAAGAGCUGAGGAAAACCUUCAGAGAGAUCAUCUGUUGCUACCCUCUAGGAAGUCUUUGUGACUUGUCCAGCAGAUAUUAAAUGGGGGCAGAGGAGAUGCUAAAAACAUGCAUAGGAGACUUUUUCACUCUUACUGAACCUGAGCAGUGUGCGUCAGUGACAGCUUCUUCUUCUGUGGAGGGCACAUUGGUCGAGAAUAUCUGUUGUGUAAAUUCAAGUUUAUGGUUUGGGGUAUGCAAAAAGGCCCAGUCUCUGUAUAUUUUUAAUGUCAUGUUGCUCUUUGGCUGUGCAAUGUUUGCAUGAAAACACCUUUGGCUGUGCAAUGUUAACCCAUAUUUAUAGGUCGUAGACACUGUGGACUUACAGAAAAGAAAAAAAAAGGUUCUUAUUAAAAGCUUAACAAUGUCUCUUUCUUGUAACUCCUAAAGAUGUGACACUUUGCUUGUUGUAGUAGCAUGGAAAUCACAGCCUCAUUAAAUGUAUUCUUAUCAAUGGUUUCUUAUGUUACACUGCACGUACAACCAUGUAAUGUAGAGAUUUGAGUCUCACAUUUAAGGGGGCAAUAUUAAA